UAAUCCCUUAUUCAGAUAUGCUGCUUCUCGGCUUCUCCACUCCAAAGUCCGUCACUUCCACUCUUCCAGUCCUCCACAGUUCCACAGCCCAUAGAGGACGCGAACGUGACGGCGGUUCUCCAGCCUCGGCGACAUUCCGGUCAAAACUAAGUCGCCCCUCAGCGGCUCUGCUUCACGCCUUCACUUAGUCGCUAUAACUAUUGGCAGGGAAUAAAAUGGAUAUCACAAAAUGCUGGGCAAGAGUGGGCAUAUUAAGGGGCUAUUUCUUGGGGUUGAAGAGUUUGUAUAUUUUUGCCUGCUCACAACUAGAUAUUGCGUUCAUCCUAAGGUUAGAUGUCCGUGUGUGAAGUGUUAAACUGAAAUUUACCCACCACGGGAUGAUUUUAAGGUUCAACAUUUUAGAACUGGUUUAGGGCUAAAGAAUUUGAUGAUAUGCAUUCAUUUCUCAAGGCACUCUGAUAUGUAUAGAAAUCUUGGUAAGCAUCGGCUUAUAUACCGUGCUCGCAUUUCCAACUAUGUGAAAACUGGGCUUGUAGAAGAAGCAAUCCAGGUGUUCAAUAAGAUGAUUGGAUCAGAGUGCAGGGUUUUCAGCAUUGAUUACAACCGGUUCAUUGGUGUCUUGAUUAAGAAUUUGCGCUUUGACUUGGCCAAACAGUAUUAUAAUGAGAUGAAGCCCAAUGGUUUCUCUUUGAAUUCACUUACGUAUUCAAGAUUUAUUUCUGGGUUGUGUAGAGUUAGGAACUUUAAACUUAUUCAUCAACUUUUAGAUGAUAUGGAUAGGCUUGGGGUAAUCCCUGAUAUUUGGGCAUAUAAUAUGUACUUAAAUCUUUUGUGUAGUGAAAACUUUCUGGAUUUAGCCUUGCAGAUGUUGAGAAUAAUGGGAGAGAAAGGGAGGGAGCCUGAUGUGGUCAGCUUUACUAUUGUUAUUAAUGGGUUAUGCAGGACUGGAAGAUUUGACAAUGCAGUUGAAAUAUGGGAUAUGAUGAUCAGGAAAGGUCAUACUCCAGACAACAAGGCUUGUAGAGCAGUUGUACUGGGUUUGUGUGAGAGUGGGAAGGUUGAUAUGGCAUAUGAACUUACUUUGGGUGUUAUGAGAAGUCGAGUUAGGUUUGACAUAGAGAUAUACAACAUACUUAUUGAUGGGUUUUGCCGAGUUGGAAGGAUUGAUAAAGCUCAAGCAAUUAAGACAUUUAUGAGAAGAAAUGGAUGUGAGCCUGAUUUGGUUACUUAUAACAUUUUCUUGAAUUAUUCUUGUAACGAUCUUAUGUUGGGGGAGGCAGAGAGAAUGAUAGAGAAGAUGGAGAUCGGUGGGAUGAAGCCUGAUCAUUACAGCUACAAUCAGCUUCUUAAGGGUCUAUGCAAGGCCAGGAAAGUGGAUAAGGCUUACACAUUGAUGAUAACUAAGAUGGAACCCAAAGGCUUGGUUGAUGUUGUUUCUUAUAACACAAUAGUUAGAGCACUCUGCCAGACAGGCCACUCUAAGAGCGCAUACAAGCUAUUAGGAGAGAUGAGACAAAAGGGCAUAACUCCUGAUGUUGUAACUUUUACAAUUCUAAUAAAAGCUUUCCUAGGAGAAGGAAAUUCCAAUGUGGCCAAGAUGAUUCUUGACCAGAUGGCACAGAUGCAUCUCUUUCCAGAUCGUGUAUUGUAUACUACUAUUAUUGACCAUCAUUGCAAGACUGGCAGAAUAGGAUCAGCUCAGAGCACUUUCCAUGACAUGGUAGAGCAGGGAGUGACCCCUGAUGUUGUUUCCUACAACGCACUGGUUUAUGGGCUUUGCAAAGCUUCUAGAGCUAGUGAAGCUAUGCGUCUUUAUGAAGAUUUGCAAAAGAGAGGUUUAUACCCCGACGAGGUUACCUUCAAGCUAAUUAUUCAAGGACUAAUUCAGGAAAAGAAACUUUCAUGGGCUUGUGCAAUCUGGGAUCAGAUGAUGGAGAAGGGCUUUACACUUGAUAGUGAUUUAUCUGAAACUCUAAUCAAUGCUAUGAACAGGAAGGACGUUUCCUCCAAGGAUAUCAGCAAACCAGAAGCCUAAUGUUGAAGGUGAAAUUUGGUUAAAGUGUCGUCGAUUUUAUUCACAAGCUUCUCCUAAUGGAGCCAACUUGAUGGUUUGAGAGCAAGACUCACUUCUCGAUGUGAUGCAGGAAUGAAGAUGCAAAUUUCCUAAAGAGAUCCUUAUCCAAACCACGAGGUGUCCUGAGCAAGUUCUAACUAUAGGAGACACCUUUAAGCCCGUACCAUACUCAGACUGAUCUCCGUUCGCACCGGGCCGGCCCUAUUAAGGGGCAAAGUGUUGGCCAGAUUAGUUUUUCCAUACAAGGGGCCAAGGGGGGGUUCGAACUCCCAACCUCUCUUAAAGAACGAGAGUGCACGGCCACUCACGCCAACCAAGUUGGUUAUUUAAGUUGAUACACUAGUUUGCUGCUUGUCAUUCCUUGCAUGCUAACUGUAACAUCCAUCUUAAAGUAAAUAUUUACUGAGUUACAAUUCUUAUUUUACAUUUAGUCAAUAAAUUUUUAGGAUUAUAGUUUUGAAGCAA